AUGGCUGCUGCUCCAACAACGAGUGCAGGUGACAUGAAACCGCAGCCUUCAAAAUGCGGUGUUUACGGGCUGGCGGGCUGCCAUGGCAACCGCACGGGACUGGAUGACGCACAAAGCUCCGCUGCCACUCGAGCCCAGGACGAUACUCUUGGGUUCCAGAAUCCCCAUUCGCGCACGCUUUGGGUGCUUGUCUUAUUUUUAGAGUACCAGCGAUACACCAACAAGAUCCGCCUGUUGAUCUGGUCCAUAUUUUGUGUAUUGUCGUUGGCCAGGCCAAGCUGGAGGUUCGGACCAUUGAGCCGCUCCAAUCUGAAGGCUGACACUGGCUUGUGGUUUGCCAGUACCUGA